CAUAUCCACUGCUGGAUGAAUGCCACUGCACACAAUAUCGGACAUUUGGGUAUUACCAUAUAGUACUUAGCCGCGCAAUGUCAGUUGGAUUAGUGAAGGAGAGGGGGGUAAGAAUUUGUAUAGGAAUCAAACACGGGUCGCUGGAAUUAGUAUCGCAGCGCGCGAACCGCUGUGCCACCGCCCCACUGAAGUGAAUAACCCCAGUAAUAGAUAACACGAAUAAGCUGCCGUAAAACUAUACUGCAGUAGCUCGUGUGUGUUGCUCUAUUUUCAUCGCCACCGUGUUUGUUGCUUGUUACGGCUGCAAGUCUAGCGCGCUUCUGGCAACUUUUUAGCGUAGGCCGCGUUGCUAGGCGACGUCAGCUGACAGCGCGCGCUCCCAAUUGGUGGGGCGCGUGGUCACGUGGUUCAAUCCACGGCCUCCUCUCAGCCGAAGCGCGGUCCCAACAUCCUCGUUACAAUUCUCUCUUUUAACACGUUUAUAAUCACUCGAUAGAAACUUGCACAGUGCAACGCGUGAGUGUAAUUUAAAGUCAGUUGCUCGCGUCGCAAAGAGCGGGGGCUGUUGUGGGGGCGAGCUCUGGACGCGGGAACAGGUCACGCCGCUGGGUCGCCACGUGUGGCUGGGAUGGCGGCGGCGGCGGCAGCUGGUGGUGGUGGCGGCAAGAGUCUCCAGGAGAACGCGCUGCAGAGGAAGGAGCGGCUCAAGGCUCUGAGGAGCAAGCAGCUGCAGGCCAAAGGACAGGAGGAAGGAGAGCCCGACGAGAAGAGGUUUGCCGAAGAGGAAACUAAACACAAAGAAUUAAAACUUCGCAACUAUACUCCAGAAGAUACAGAGCUGAAAAUGCGUCAGCAGCCUCAGGCCAAACCAGCAUCAGUUGAUGAAAAAGUCCAAGAUCAGCUGGAAGCUGGAAAGCCUCAACCAAUCAUAGAGGAAGUGGAUUUGGCCAACCUUGCUCCCAGAAAACCGGACUGGGACUUGAAGAGAGAUGUUGCCAAGAAGAUGGAGAAGCUCGAAAAGCGAACACAGAGGGCCAUCGCUGAGCUCAUCCGAGAUCGAUUGAGGGGACAUGAGGAGGAGCUGGCCAUGGGUGUUGAAACAGCCACAGGGAAUAAUUAUGACUCAGACUGAGGUGAUCAGUGUUAGUUUCCCUUCAAGUACACACAAACGGUGCUUGUCUGUGCAGUAUCUCUGCGUGUUUUCACAAGGAAUGUACAAUAAGUGCUCGUGGGAAUGUUAAAACGAUAUAAUUUUUCACGUUUUCCUGUAUAUAUAGUUUUAUUGUUUUUAAUAAAUACACGUGUGGCGGAUAUACCCAAUGGCAUUGUCGCAUUUAGUGAAGGAAUUUUAAACCUCUUAACAUUAAAAUAUAACCAUCAACAAUGAAAAAACAAUGGAAGACUUUAAUGAUGAAAACCGGCCUGGUGGCUCAACAGGAGAGUAAAGCUGCUCCCAAUCAGAAAAAUUGCAAGUUCAGUACUGAUUGGGGAUUGACUCAACUCAUCAUCCCUCCAGCAUCACUAAAAUUAGUACCACUUUGUGGGAAAGUCAACAGUGGUUGUCCUCUGUAAAUCGGCCCUGCCAUAGGAAUGAGGAAUUUCCAAUUCUGGCUUCGAGCUCUAAACAGGAGAUGAGCACUGCCUCUGCUUAUUUGAGCAAGAAAUCACUGAGUAAUGGAACAAAUUGGCUCAUGUGCAGAUGCUAGAUGUACAUAUAUUUCAGGCACAUGAGAGGUGGUGGUGGCUUGGAGAGGUGUCCAUCCUGCAGUGAAUUUGACCAUGGCCCGUGGUCAUAAUGAACUCUUAAAAAUAACAAAUAUUGCAUUGAGAGUGACAGACUCGCGCUUCAGACAAUGUGAGCCAGUCGGCGAAGAUCUGCAUCCCCCGUUACAGGUCUGCAAAUGCGCGGAUUAACUUUGCGCCCUGUCCUCCAACUUCCACACGCACUGAACCAGCACCUUCGCAAAGUUGCUCACGUCCUGCUCCGGAAUGCAGGUUGUUCUGCACGCCUGCUCCAUCACCUGUUGUGUGCGGAAAAACAUUAUGAACAUGUCUGGCGCUUUCUCCAUUCUGUAUUACAACCACGGCAUGUUUUUUAGCGGGUUUAAUACCUUCUGGCAGAUCGGGUAGCAGCAAAAGUAUGCAGCAGCCGAGAUCACGGAGACCGCCAGCAGCAUGAAGUCUCCUUCCACUCUCCAGAAGUUUUCUCUGAAUGGAAAUGCCAGUUUAGUCUCAUUAGGGGUGCCAGCAAUGGUUGUCAGUUGUAUAGAAUAAAUAUUCGGCAUAUGGAUUGCUUCUUGCACUGCUAAUAUUACCACUAAUGUUGAUCUGACUUGAUUAUAUUACUAUUGAUAAAAUUACCACCGCUACUACUAUGGCUUAAUUACAGCUGGGUUGGUGACCUGAAUUUUUUUAAGCAAUGGGCACACCAUUGGUCGUGGUGCAGUCCUUAAAAAAAAAAUCUGGCCCCACCCCCGGCCCUCAGCUCUCUGGGUCGCGUAUGGGCAGUUGGGCAAAUUGUACCGUGGAAUUAAAAAGGAUUGAGAUGCACUCAUGUAAGAGUAUGGCCUACAUGUAUGACACAGUAACACGUAGGUUCGUGUGUACACAACUUUUAACAUGCGUGAAGCGAUAGCGAGUUCAUGUUGCAUAUCACCUUGUGAAGAAUGUAUUCUGCACGCGAUGACCUAAUUCUGCUCACGAAAACGCAUGUUAUCGGUAUCCUGCACGCUUACUUUUAUCUACAUACCCACGUGUGUAUCACGGAGAUGUGUGUGAAUACAUUAACAUGACUAAUAUUCUAAAACAAUUACCACUGCUGGUAGUAAUUAAAUUUAGUCGAGAACAUUGCUUUAUACCGAAAAUGGUCAUUAAACUUUGAUUAUUCUAUAAA